UCACACAGAUUUUAGAGAUUCAAAUAAAAAAGUAUUUAACUGACUACCCGCUUACUUCCGGUUUACUCAGUCUGCCGUCGCCAUGUCGGCGCGCUGUUCAUUCCUGUGUUGUACUCGGUAACGUUCGCACGUACACCUCAAGCCCGCUCAUCAUGCCCAAAAGAAGUGCGCGGGAACGUAUUGAACAUUACGCAAGGAAAAUAAGAAAAUUAGAGGAACGUGAAUAUCGUCGAAACAUAUCAAUUCCUCCUUUGAAUUUAUCAUCGGAAUCGAAUGAUGAAGAUUUUGAACCUCCCGUACGAACCAUCGACGACGAGAAUGAUAUUAUUCCGGAACCGGAACAAAUAACUAUGGCACCGGAAAUAUUAGUACCAGCCACUGUGCAGGAACCUAUCGACAACGUCGACUCGAAUAAUGACCAACCGGGUCCCAGCACGCAAGCCGAGCCCUCGGUCGAGAACGAGCUGGACCCUGAACUUUUAUCGGCUCUUGGUGAAUUCACGUCAGAUACACCCGAGUAUGGAGAAAAUAUCCAUGAUAAUUUAUCAAAAUUAUGGCUUCCUUUACUGAAAAAAGGAAUGCCAAAAGAUAGCAAAGACAAAGUAUUAAAGGACUAUUUAGUUCCGGAUAAUUGUAGACUUCUACAGGCGCCAAAAUUGAACGCGGAGAUUUCCGCUGCCGUCCCAGAUAUGGUUCGCAACCGCGAUAAAACACUUGCCACUUCUCAACAACAACUUGGUCUUGGGAUCACGGCCAUCAACAGAGGCCUGGAUAUCCUCUUAAAAAGUGACAAUAAGAUCCUAGCGAUGAAACAUCUUAGUAACGGCUGCCGACUUUUGUGCGAUUCUCACAACUUAAUGUCAAAGAACCGGGUAAAGCUUAUCACGCCCAGUUUAGACAAAUCUAUCCUGCAUAUGAUUAAUGAAUCUGAAAGAGAUGAAACAUUAUUUGGAUCCUCAUUAUCGGACAAAAUAAAAGCUGCAAAGGCAAUAGAAAAACAGGGCCUUCAAAUCAAAAAGUCGGCAUCGAAACCUCAAAAGUCUGCGGCUUCGUCGUCAAGCAGUCGACCUGGGCCCUAUCAGGGAAACUGGACCGCGCCUCCUCGAUACCCGCCAGCGAGCAGGGGCGGACGGGGAGGCUACAGGAAGCAGACGACGUCAGCACCUCGGCGCCCAUAUGUAGCGUCGACGACGCAGCCGCAACGUGCAACUCCCCAGGAGAAAGCGCGUGUCCCGGCUCAGAGUCACCACUAG